GUAUCGGGACGAAAUAUAUUGUUUAUAUAUGGUCCAAACCAUAUAGAAUUUCCCGGAAGCAGGAAAACCUGAAUCGAAGUCCCGAGUCUGCCGUCUGCUUGUACCGAUCGCGAUAUGGAAAUGGGAAAGAAGCGCGUAAAGUACUCUGUGGUGGACGCGUUCGCCGACUCGCCGUUUAAGGGAAAUCCGGCGGCGGUUUGUUUCUUGAAGGAGGAGAAAGACGACGAGUGGCUGCAAGCAGUCGCCGCUGAGUUCAACAUCCCCGCGACCUGUUACUUGACUCGUACUCAUCCCGAUGAGUCGUCGGUGGUUCGUAACUCGCUGGGAGCAGCCACGACACCUCGGUUCCGGCUCCGAUGGUUCACUCCUGUCCACGAGGUUACCCUCUGUGGUCAUGCAACCCUAGCAGCUUCACACUUUCUAUUCACAUCCGGCUUGGUUGAUGCUGAUAGAAUCGAGUUUCUGACGCUAUCCGGAGUUUUGACUGCUAAAAGAGUUCGAGAAACCAGAGAAACAAGUUCCCUGAAAUUGGAGACCAGUGAAGCCCAAGAUUUCUUUUCAAUAGAGUUGGAUUUUCCAGUAGUUCAACUUACUGAAUCUGACCCUGCUGAGGUCCCAUCAAUUUCUAAAGCCUUGAGUGGUGCUUCCAUCAUUGACUUAAAGAGGACAACUACAAACAACAACCUCUUUGUUUUACUACAAUCGGGAGAGGCUGUAGCACAUCUACAGCCCCAAAUUGAUCAAAUACAACGAUGUAGUGGGAAUGGAAUAAUUAUUACAGGGCUUGCCCCCCCUGGAUCUGGAUUUGACUUUUUUAGUCGCUACUUCGCCCCAAAAAUUGGGAUUAGAGAGGAUCCUGUUUGUGGGAGCGCACAUUGUGCCUUGGCACCCUACUGGUCUAAAAAGCUGGGAAAAUGUGAUUUUGUUGCCAAUGCAGCAUCACCUAGAGGCGGAACAGUAACCAUCCAUUUAGAUGAAAAGAGCCAGAGAGUACUGCUCAGGGGGAAGGCCUUCACUGUAAUGGAAGGUUUUCUUUUGGUUUAGUUUAGUGUUGCCACAUCUUUGAUUACACAACUUAAUUGAUGGGUGGGAGACUUCCUCUAAUUUUGAUUAAUGCUCCUUUGUGCUUGGACGCUCCUAUUUGAAAUGACUGUACGCUAUUUGUUUCCUUUA